UCUCAUUUCAUUCAAAAUAUAGUAGUGGACAUUGUAUCCAAACUUUGUUUGUUCUAUACACUUGUUCACCUCUAUCGAAUCCUCUGCUCUGUUAUGGCGUUCUCAAGAACUUUCACUGCCACAUCACUUCUCCUCUCCCUUGUCCUUCUUCAUAUGGCAGAAGCACACCAAACGAUGAGCUAUGGAGCAACAACGCCAACCCCUCUUCCCCAACCAAUAGAUUGUGGAGUGGCUUGUGAAGGAAGGUGCAAGCUAUCAUCAAGACCACGUUUGUGCAAGAGGGCUUGUGGGAGUUGCUGUGCUGUGUGCAAGUGUGUCCCUCCUGGCACUGCUGGCAACCAUGACUCCUGUCCUUGCUAUGCUAAACUCACCACCCACAAUAAUAUUCCCAAAUGCCCAUAAUUUAAUCAAGGAUUGUUUGAAGUCUUGGAUUAAAUGCUUCUGUAUUGGAGGAAAUAAAUGUGCUAGCUUUGGCAAAUUAAUUCUGAAUAUUAAAGAAUAUUCUGGUUGUCCUUUCAUUUAGGUUGUCAUCACUUGCUAUUUAAAUUCCCAAAUGGUCUAGCUUAUGUAAAAUGAAUUCCUGUGUUGGUGCUGGGAAACAAAUGUACUUUGUUUGGCAGAUUAACUCUUGAGUUUUAUUGAAUUUUUAUUCUGAUUGUCA